AUGACGGAAAGAAGCGAGGAGGAGGAAUCUCUCAUUUCCAGGCAUGGUAAUUGGAAAAGCGCUGAUAAUAUAAAUGUCUUUCCUUUUUUUGCAGGAGAUUGUGACUUUAAGAAGCCCUUCUCGUCCUGCGGAUACACCCAAGGACGAGACGAUGAGCUGGACUGGGAGCAGAUGGACACUAGUGAAAGGCCUUCGAUGGACCCAUGGGUGCCGUCAGGUUCUGCGUUCAUGAUGGUGAACUCGACGGCUCGGUUCUCGGGUCAGAAGGCUCUGCUCUUCACGCCGCAGCUGAAGGAGAACGACACGCACUGCGUCAUCUUCCAGUAUUACCUGGCGGGACGAGAGGGAGGACGGCCGGGACAUCUGAACGUCUACAUCAAGGAGAACAACAGCCCGAUGGGUUUACCCGUGUGGAACACGUCUGGACCCGCUGGACGCAGCUGGACUCAGGUGGAGCUCGCCAUCAGCACAUACUGGCCCAACUUCUACCAGAUCGUCUUUGAAGCGGUGACCUCGGGGCAGCGCGGCUUGCUGGCCAUCAAGAACGUGGUCCUCAAGGGCCAUCAGUGCAUGAACACGCCACACUUUCUCCAUAUCAAAGGUGUUGAGGUGAACGCUGGACAGACGGCGACGUUCCUCUGCACCGUCAACGGAGAAUGGAGAGACAGCUUCAACCUCUGGCUGCAGGGAAUCGGCGGUCGUGAAGCUCCUAUGAAAGCGACCAAACCGUGGAAUAACCAGCGCUUUAUCGGCAUGUUUGAUGUGGUGAACACGACAAAACAGGAUUCUGGCCGUUACAGAUGCAUUGUCCACUCGAACAGAGGUGUGGGAGUGUCCAACUACGGAGAGCUGACCAUCAAACAGCCGCCGGUUCCCAUCGCUCCUCCUCAGCUCAUGGCGGUCGGGGCCACGUAUCUCUGGAUCCAGCUCAAUGCGAACUCCAUCAACGGAGACGGACCCAUCAUCAACCGCGAGGUGGAGUACCGCACCGUCUCUGGCACCAUGUACGACCUGCAGCCCGUCGAUAAAACCUCGCACAAGAUCGGCCAUCUGGACCCUGACACGGAGUACGAGAUCAGCGUUCUGCUGACACGGCCCCUGGAGGGAGGAACCGGGGCCCCGGGGCCGCCGCUGAGAGCCCGCACCAAAUGUGCAGAGCCCAUGCACGACCCGCAGGAGCUGAAGGUGGUGGACAUCGAGGCCCGUCAGGUGACGCUUCGCUGGGAGCCACUGGGAUAUAACGUGACCCGCUGCCACAACUACAGCCUGACGGUGCAGUACCGCGCCAGAGGAGGAGGCAAGGAGGAGAGCAGGGAGGAGACGGCACACGGCAGCCAGCACACCAUCCACAACCUCUCGCCCUUCACCAACCUCAGCCUCAGGAUGCUGCUGCGCAACCGCGAGGGAGUCAAAGAGAGCCCCGAGAUCCACGUCCAGACCGAUGAAGACG